AUGUCUACAGCUUCACGAGGGUCCGGCACUGUCAGAGUACGCUCACGAAAUCAAUCUCUAGUCACACCAACAUCAGCCAAAACACUUGAGUCAUUCCCUUCGCUGUCCCCAGAAAUCUCGCCCAGCGCUUUGAAGCAAGACAAGCAGCUUGUUGCCAGCCCGAAGCCCAAGUCCCCAGAUAAAAUCCCUCGCAGGCCGUCCAAGACGAACCCAUCUAUCGUUGAGUCUCUCGUCACAAGCACUCCAUCUUUUCGAGGCCGCUCGGCGCUUUUCGAAGACUCACCUAAAAACCCUCCCAGUGAGUUCCCUGGCGCCCUUCACCACGCCAGCGAUGAUCACGUACGCAAUCUUAUCAGAAAGAACGGUGCGGUCGCGUUGGUUAGACAACUCGCAGAGGACUUGGCGGCGCGGGAUGCUGAAAUGACAACACUUAGACGGCGGGCAGAAGAGCGGGAAAGGGAACUCAAGAAGAUGCUGAGGGAGGUGGAGGUGUCCAAUCUGGAUAUUGAAACCAGGCUUCAUCGUCUCGACAAAUGGGCUGAAAAUGAAAUAAAACUACAAGAUCCACCUUCGAGAGCAGAUGGGAAGAAGUCAGGGCGAAUGAGCGGAAAGGAUAGGAUGCCUGGUGUCGCGAAUGGCAUCGAUGAAAUGAUGGGAGAGGCCAUGCAGGAUCAUCUGGGCCCCAAUACUGAGUUGGACGAGGGAUAUUUAGACUCGCUGGACGAGGUCGAUAGGCAAGCUACGCUGAAAGCCCGAAGCGUGUUUUCAAAAGAGUCGGAUGGGCGAUCCACAGUAUCGAGUAUGGACUCAGGUCGGCCAAACAGUACUCUCCGAGGGUGGAAGGACUAUCUCUGGAGCGCAAAUGCUACAAGCCGCAAGACGAGUCGAGCGAGCAGCAUCAUAAGCGACUCCAACGGGGACGGGGAAGACACUACGCGAGCUCGGGGCCUCAGCGGAAGCAACGCUCGCAGGAAAGGUCUGGAUGAUGAUCUUUUCCAGCCGCUUGCUCGUGCUUCAACAACCCAAAGUUCUGACACCAAACAAUCACGUAAGUCGUCAACAUCCGUUGCGUCCUGGACCAUGAAACUUUUCGCUGGGAAUACUCAGGCAGGCCAAGGCACAAUAAGAGGAAGAUCGGCUACUACUGGUGAUGGGCAACCCAAGAAUGCAAGAACGGCAUCGACCACCUCAGGUCCAGCACCUACGUCAGCCAAAGCAGCGUUGAUGAAGGUUAACAGCAUGGAACCCUCUGCUCAGUCCUCUCGAAACACAGUGCGACCCCUUACACUUGCGCAAGGCGGUACCAUAAAAGUCUCUUCGCAGCCCUCGAUCUCCUCAGACGCCUACACCGCGGACCUUCUUACCGACAGGUUCGGGUUCAUCUACGACCAGCGUCGUAGGAAGAGAGAGGCGGAGUCUACCCGUACUCACGCUAGAGGGAAAUCGAAUGCUAGCGCGAACGUGGAGCUACUCAGCGGCACUUUGGAAUCUCUGAAGAAUAAAGACCCCGAUCAAAUGUCUCAAAGGUCAAAGGCCAACUCUGUGCAGCGACCAGACACUCCAGCGUCCGUAGAUGAUAAGACGGAUGAGAAGCCAACCAAGCGUUGGCAGGAUUAUCUCAAAGUUGCGACGUUCCCAACCGAGCUGCUUUCUCAUACUCCAUCAGCAAAGCCCGCCACAAAGGUCAUAAGCGCCGACAGCCCUGGUACUCUGAAACGGUCGCCAACUCUUGGCGAUGCGCGAGGCUCGUUACCGUCCACGAGCCUCAACCCGGAACCAGAGAUGUCACCUGUCACGGCAGGAAACGCCGAAAUGUCCAAGAUACUCCUCGAAUCUUCGAAUGCCUUAGCCACGUCUACCUCCUCCGAAGGUGAACCUGUCAAGCUCCUACUGGCGCAGCUCACAGAGCUCCAUGACAGUCUGCAGCGCGAGAGGACUGUGAAAUGGAAUGGAUUCUUACGGAAGGUCCGGGCUGAGCGAAAAAAGGAAGGAGAGUCAGCAACAGUCUCCGAUUCUCGUUUCAAACAAGCAAUUAUGCCAGAAAUGCUCCUUACAGAUGGUGAAUUGAUCGGAGUCGCAGGCCUAGGAAACAAGGGCAAAGUCGGACGUGCCAAAUGGAAGGAAUUCAGACAGCUCGUUCUGGCCGGUAUCCCAGUCGCGUACCGCUCAAAGAUUUGGGCCGAAUGCAGCGGUGCCACAGCUCUCCGUGUCCCUGGCCACUAUGACGAUCUCGUCGCAAGCGAGACUGACGACCCUGUCAUUGUCUCCCAAAUCCAAAUGGACAUCCACCGCACUCCUAACCGAUAA